AUGGCUCGCAAACUGGGAUCCCAAGAUGCGAAACCGCCCUCUAGUGCAGGAAGUAAGCAGGCGCCACCGAAACCGCCCAGUAAACCAUCUUCUACUGCGAGUAAGAUGUUGAAACCCUCACAAGAGAAGGGAAAGAAGAAGCUAUCAGCAGAAAAAAUAAAGUCAUCACGCAUCCCUCUCAAGGAACAACAGGACUCGAAACGUAUAGAACUCAAGGCGAAAAAACAACCAAAGUCGAUAAUGAAAAAUCCAAAAGGAAGCAAGGAAGGCAAGGAAGGUUCAAAAGGGAGCAAGGAGGCUCCAAAAGGGAGCAAGGAACCUGCAAAACCUACAAAAAAAUCUGCUCAGGAAAAGAAAGAGCAAAAGGAGAUGGUGAUGGCAAAAGUGCGAGCAAUGAAAGCUGAGGCUGCUAAGAAGGACGUGAGUUGCACUGGUUACCUGAAGCCACUCAUUCGUCUCUACAUUUUCUCGAGAUUCAGUUAUAAACUCCGAAGACAUUUGUUAGAGUUAGCUCGAACAGGAUGA